CUCGAAAUUGACCUGCGGAAUACCUGUACAUGCAUGUGUCGAACCAACAACAGAUUGGCAUCAAACCCCACAAGUCUUCAUUAUCCUUCAGCGCUAUUUAAUACCCCUUAUGUCCUCCCCCCUCUUAUUGAUGUUUUGCCUCAAAACUCCAAUUGUACCAAAGAAAUAAACGCUUCAGUCAUGGAAAAGUCCGCCAAGCCUAAUCGUUCGGCAUCGUUGGAGCUGCUGGCGCCCGAGAUACUGCUGCAAAUCGUCACCAAACUGCCCGGCCUUGACACCCUCUGGAAUCUCAUGAGGGCGUCGCCUCAUACAUGGCGCGUAUUCGAUCGAAAUGCUCUAGUUAUUAUCCAAAGCAUUCUCUCUGGGCCAAAUUCUGUAGUACCCUCAAGCACCUCGGAACUCAUAAGAGCAGUCAUCCUCGUACGCUCUGGAAUUCUUCCAUUCCGAGACCUGCAAGAUCUCAAAAAGAAUUUCCUGAUGCGUCAGUUUCAAUCUGGUCCUCAUCUGUAUAUGAAAGAUCCACUCGUCCCCGAAUUACUUGCGACCUCCACUAUACCAGUAGCAGCACUCCGAUCAGUCGUUGCAACCGCAUAUCAUCUAUCUUCUCUAGCUCAGGCAUGCUUAGAAUCAUGCCUAGCGCGAGUAAGAGAUCCAAGCUUCAGGCCAAUGCACGCUUUUGAUCCAGAACCUUUUUACUUGGGACAGAUUAAACCUGAAGAUCACGUUUUCGUCGGUACCCCCGUCAAAGUCGUUGACGCAGGGGAACCUACCUGGAUCGAAGAGAUGAGAGCUUUACGCGCCAUGUGGGUUAUACAGCUGAUAGGUGAAAUGCAAUGCCUAGUCGAAGACAGGGCGGAAACGAUAAACUGGUCGGAUGAAGAUGUUCAGACGCUCAGCAGCAUGGAAGCACCAGAUUUUGUGACAAAUUCGCUCCACUUUAGAGAGGAAGAGAUAAAAACUGCGAUGUUGUAUGCGAGGACUCUUGGAGAUACGAAAAAGAACACAUAUUAUCGACUACCCCGGGCUCCUUCAACCGCUGUAUGUGCCAGGCGGACAAUGACUUCUCCAAAGCCAAACGGGGAUGCACCAGUGGCGUAUGGAUUUCGCCGUGGUGACGAGAUCCAUUUCUUGAAAAGAGGCUCUCCCGUGCCCGAGGAUGGUGAACCUAUGAUCAGCUUUGCCUCGAAAUGGGGCCAAACUGAAAACUACCUGUACCGCCCGAAUCCUGGUAUGUGGGCCUUCAAAGACCUUACAGCAGGUAGGGUAAGGAUGAUCUCGCCCCUCGAGGGUGUCAAGUUUGACUCUUUUCGCCCACUAGGCCUUGCCUUUUGGGAUCGAUGGAGGUUAUAUCUGUUGGGAUUAACAUGGGGAGGGGGUGAGGAAUGGACAGUGAAUGGAGAACGGCGUUUGCCAUGGUUUUAUCAUUUUGCCAUGGAAAGUAUUCUUCCCCCUGAAGAGGUUGCUAGUGUAAAAGCUGCGCUUCGGGAGAAAAGGAGGCUUGGAAUAAUAACUCGAUAGGGCGCGAC